CAACUUUUCACUUCAAUUAAUUUUCUCGUCCACCAGAUUGAGUCUCAGAUGACAUCCACGGCUUCUGGUACAAUCUGGAUAACAGGUGCAGAGAACUGAUUCUAGUCCAGACACCAAGGAGCUUUACAGAAGCCGGAAUGAGCAAUCCGGAUGAGGAGGGGCCCGAGCCGAACCAGGUCGAGCGUGACCUGGCAGCGGAGGCAAUGGCAGCUGACAUGGACCCCUGGGUGGUCUUCGAUGCCCGCAAGACGCCGCGGGCAGAGUUCGACGAUUGGCUGGACAGCAACCGGCCAUCGCGGGUCUUCAGGAACGGCGACCCGGACCACAACGCCGAGCCGGUGGGCUGGAUCGCCGUCUGCGGGCCGGGCUGCUCGCCAUCCCCCGAGCGAGGCGACUGCGAGGGGCUGCAGGAAGACUGGGAACGGCUGCAGGACAGUGGGCGGCCAGUCACAUUCCAGACCAUCAAGGAGCUGGCACUGAACCGGCGGGUGCUGAGCGGCAAGUGGCUGAUGCACCUCGCCACCGGCUUCAAGGUGGACCACGCCUGGGCCAGCCUGGCGCGGGCGGUGCUGGACGGCAAGCUGCCCUCUGCCAAGGUCAGCCCCUACUGCCCCGACACAGGUGCCAAGCACGUCAUCUGCGUGUAUGGCGAUGACUUCACCGACGAGAGCCAGGUGGUGAGCCUGGAUGCUGCCAUUCGGGCUGCGGGCAUCAAGUGCCCGCUGUCCUACAAGCCAGACGUCUACACCUACCUGGGGCUUUAUCGGGGUAACCGCUGGAAGCUGUGCCCCACUAUCUACGAGAGCCAUUAUGACCUGGAGUGCAUCCCCCGACGUUCCCGCAUUAUCUGCAAGGUGACCAUGUCUGAACUAACCUAACCGCGCGCCCACCUCCACUGCCCAGGAGGUCUGUGUUUUUUGUUAAUUGUUAUUAUUUUUCAAAUGUACAGAUUCAAGAGAAACUAGCGAGAGAGAGAAAAUGA